AAUGCUCAUGAGCUCAUAUAAUCAUCAUCUUCACUUUUCAGUUUCAUCAUCAAUUUCAUCUCAUCUUCUUUUCACUCUGCAGAUUUUAGGAUACCACAAGAAACCUCUCUUAAACCCAUCAUCCUCCAUGUUCUUUCUUUUGGUACCUUUGCUGAUCUCUUUCAGUAUUCUUCCAACAUCUCUUGCCGCCGAUGAUGGCCAGUAUACCAACUGCUCAACUAGCUCUUUUAGCUGUGGAGACCUCCAAAACCUCACAUAUCCCUUUUGGGGAGGAGAGAGAGCAGAUUAUUGUGGGUUUCCUGAUUUCCAGCUCAAAUGCGAGGGCAAUAUCGCAAAGAUAACCAUAGGGCGCCUCGAAUAUCGGCUUCUUCAAUGGGUCUCGACUUCAAAUGUUCUUGUAGUGGCUAGGGAUGAUUAUUCUGACACUAUCUGUCCACGUGAUUACAUGAACAAUACGAUUGAUCCAACGACGUUCAAGUAUGUAGAUGGUCUAAUUAAUAUGACCUUUCUCUAUGAUUGUCCUCCUAUAUCUGAAUCACAUACUGUUAGAAACUGCCAGAGAGAUAAUGAUACAUCGACAACAGUCUACUAUGUUCCCGGACCAGUGUAUGUAAGUGGGUGCAAGAGUGUUGUUGUGCCGGUAUAUGAAGAAUACCUUAAUCAAGCUGCUUCAUCAGCUACACCCGAUCUAAUGCAGGGUGUCGUAGAAAAGGGUUUUGGGUUGCAAUGGAUGGUAAAUAAUGAAGUGUGCAACACAUGCUCUCAAUCUGGUGGAGAGUGCGGCUAUGAGGGACAACAAUUCUCCUGCUUCUGCAAAGAUGGACCCCAUAAAACUACAUGUUCAGAAGGACUGCCGUCAGGGUCAACUAUGAAGCUGGGUCCGCUACCUGCUAUAGCCAUUUCAGCAGGAGUUGGUGGACUUGCUUUGAUCUCGAUUUUGAUUAUUUAUAUUUGGAAGAAGCGUUUCAGAACAGGAAACGGGAAAAUCUUCAAAGAGAGAAGAGCAUAUCGUGAUAACAAUCUUCAAUCCUUCAUGAGUAACUAUGGCUCUUUGGUACCAAGGAAAUAUAGUUAUUCAAAAGUGAAGAGAAUGACAAAAUCAUUUUCAAACAAAUUGGGCGAGGGAGGAUAUGGUGUUGUCUACAAAGCAAGCCUACCUGAUGGUCGUCUUGUGGCAGUUAAAGUGAUAAGGGAAUCUAAAGGAAGUGGAGAGGAAUUCAUAAAUGAAGUUGCAAGCAUUAGCAGAACCUCUCAUGUCAACAUAGUCACUCUCGUCGGAUUUUGUUAUGAAAGGGACAAAAGAGUACUAAUCUAUGAAUAUAUGUCAAAUGGUUCAUUGGAUAAUUUCAUCUAUAAAAGGGGAUCUCCAAAUGCUAUUUGUACUUUGGAAUGGAAGGUAUUGUACCAAGUUGCCAUUGGCAUUGCUCGUGGGCUUGAGUACUUGCAUCGGGGCUGUAGCACGAGAAUUUUGCACCUUGACAUCAAACCUCAAAACAUUCUCUUGGAUGAAGAAUUUUGUCCUAAAAUAUCUGAUUUUGGAUUAGCUAAAGUAUGUCAAAAGAAAGAGAGUAUUGUGUCAAUACUUGGUACAAGAGGAACAAUAGGGUUCAUUGCACCAGAAAUAUUCAAUAGAGCAUUUGGUGGUGUCUCUCACAAAGCUGAUGUCUAUAGUUAUGGCAUGUUGGUCCUUGAAAUGGUUGGAGGAAGGAAAAAUUAUGAUAGUGGAAGAUCACAUACUGAAGAAAUGUAUUUUCCAGAUUGGAUUUAUAAGGAUCUCGAAUGUGGUCAUCAUCCAGCUAGUUCUCUAAUGAUCACAAUGGAAGAUGAAGAGGUGGUAAGGAAGAUGACCUUAGUCAGUCUAUGGUGCAUUCAAACAAAUCCAUUGGAUAGACCAGCCAUGAAUAAAGUGGUAGAAAUGUUAGAAGGAUCCCCUCAAUCAUUAUCGAUUCCUCCAAAGCCAUCCCUUGAAUCUCCUACAAAAUCUCAGGUGCAAUUCUCAAAUGCAUCUUCUAAAGAAAUGACUCAAACAAAUUCAAUAAGCACAUGACUGAAUAUAAUCUACAUAUUGUUGAGGACUAGUCAACUUUGCAUUGU